CAAAUUCUCCAAGAAACACGUGACAACGCCGUCGUGUUCGAAAAUCGAAGCUAGUGUUUGCCAUCCUUCUUCUUCCACAUCCGAUUUGAUAUGGCAUCUCAAGCAGCGACUGGUAUAAAAAAGCUUCAAGCUGAAGAAUCAGAAGCUGUUGUUUUCCAAACGGUAUUAUUUUAUUCUUUGGCUAUUCUUUUGGUUCCUGUUGCAGCAUUCAUAGGCAGCAAAGUAACCCUUGGUGGGAUCCUGGGUUUUGAAACACAUUCAUGCAAUAUAUGGUCAGCUGUUAUAGCAGUAAUAGUUUUACACCUUAUGCUUGGUCUGUAUAUUUAUCGUACAUUCUAUCCUGCUCCCACCAAGCAAACCAAGCAAGAUUAAAGAUUAACCACUGCUACAUCAUACAAGAAUAAUAAAACAUGAGCUGUGAAA